AUGGACCUAUUCUAUUUGAUUCCGUUUGUUUCCACUCUAUUUCUUAGUCAAACUGACACAGAUGACGAUCUAUUCGAUAGACUAAAUUAUAAAUAUACCGUAGCAUUAUUACUACUAUUUGCCAUACUAACAACAGCAAGUCUAUUUGGAUCAAAUCGUAUCCAUUGUUGGUCACGUGCCAAUUAUCCCGCUUCCUAUAUUAAAUAUACAAAUUUCAUUUGUUUCAUAACUCAAACAUAUCAACUUUCAAACGAUGAAAGAAUACCGGAAAAAAUAGCAGAUAGGAAACGUGGUUUAUUAAACUAUUAUCAAUGGACACCAUUUAUCCUUCUGUUAAUGGCUCUAUUUUGCUACUUACCUCGUAUGGUAUGGCGUGCACUCAGUGUUCGAUCUGGGAUUGAUCUGUUAGAUAUUAUAGAAGCAGCUGGUGAAAGUAAAACAGUGAAAGAAUUUAGUGAUCAUGAUCAACUUGUUCAAUAUAUUGUUGAUACAAUCGAUAUGUAUGUGGAUGAUGCAAGAAGACAAAGAGAUGCCGAUAAAAGACAAUCACAUAUAUUACGAAAAAUAUGUCAAUUAUGUUGUUGUAUGUUAGGAAAAUUUCUGGGAAAUUAUUUUAUUACAUUGUAUCUGUUUAUCAAAAUUGUCUAUAUUUUCAAUGUAGUUCUACAAAUAUUAUUAUUAAAUUUAUUUUUGGAUACAAAUUUUAUGAAAUUUGGUUUUGAGAGUUUUUUAAUGUUUCGUUAUGGUUUAAAUCAAGCAGAAUCAAGAUAUUUUCCUCGCGAAACACUUUGUGAUUUUUAUGUACGAGAACCGUUGAGAGGUGGUGAACCAUUACAACGAAUAACAGUGCAAUGCGUAUUAACCGUGAACUUAUUCAAUCAGCAAAUAUUUUCAUUAUUAUGGAUAUGGUACAUGAUUGUAUUUGGUUUAAAUAUUUAUUCAUUAUGUUUAUGGAUCCAUCGUCUAAUACCAUUUUAUACUCGUUACGAAUAUAUUAAAAAUCGUAUAACGCGAACAUCACGAACUGAUAUACCUCGAUUACGUAUUCAUUUUAAACAUGUUAACUUUGAAUUAGGCGGAUAUGUACAACAUGAAUUAAUUAAAUCAUUCAUAAUAGAUUAUUUAGAACCCGAUGGCUUCUUUUUUAUUCGAUUAUUGACAGCAAAUGCGAGUGAUUUUGUCGUACAAGAAAUUAUCGAAGGUUUAUGGACAUAUUAUGUGAAAAAAUAUGCUGAAAAUGAUGCAAAAAAAGCGGAAGAUAGUUUUUAUGAAUUUCGAGGACAUUGGAAUAGAGAUACUAAGUCUCAAGUAUCGACAAAUUUCGUGAUGCGAGAUGGAUUGCCCGAAGAUCUAACAGAUGCAAAACGAAAAUUUUUAAGACAGACAACAGAUUUUGAUAGUAGAUCAACAAAUUUACAAACAGCAUUCAAACCAUUAUCUGAAGAUGUUUAA